AUGAAGAUUCCUAACAUUGGUAAUGUGAUGAAUAAAUUUGAGAUCCUUGGGGUUGUAGGUGAAGGAGCCUAUGGAGUUGUACUUAAGUGCAGACACAAGGAGACACAUGAGAUUGUGGCUAUUAAAAAAUUCAAAGACAGUGAAGAAAAUGAAGAGGUCAAAGAAACCACUUUGCGAGAGCUUAAAAUGCUUCGCACUUUGAAACAGGAGAACAUAGUGGAGCUAAAAGAAGCUUUCAGAAGAAGAGGAAAACUGUAUUUAGUGUUUGAAUAUGUGGAAAAAAACAUGCUUGAAUUGCUAGAAGAAAUGCCAAAUGGAGUUCCACCUGAAAAAGUAAAAAGUUACAUCUACCAAUUAAUUAAAGCAAUUCAUUGGUGUCAUAAAAAUGACAUAGUUCAUCGAGAUAUCAAACCAGAAAAUCUCUUAAUAAGUCAUAAUGAUGUUUUGAAAUUGUGUGACUUUGGUUUUGCUCGGAAUUUGUCAGAAGGAAGUAAUGCUAACUACACAGAAUAUGUGGCUACCAGAUGGUAUCGUUCACCCGAACUCUUACUUGGAGCCCCAUAUGGCAAGUCCGUAGAUAUGUGGUCUGUAGGCUGUAUUCUUGGGGAACUUAGUGAUGGACAACCAUUGUUUCCUGGAGAAAGUGAAAUUGACCAACUUUAUACAAUUCAGAAGGUGCUGGGACCACUACCUGCAGAGCAGAUGAAGCUUUUCUACAGCAAUCCCCGUUUCCAUGGGCUGCGGUUCCCUGCAGUCAACCAUCCGCAGUCUUUGGAAAGAAGAUAUUUAGGAAUCUUAAGCGGUGUUAUACUUGACCUUAUGAAGAAUUUGUUGAAACUGGAUCCAAGUGACAGAUAUUUAACAGAGCAAUGUCUGAACCACCCAUCAUUUCAAACUCAGAGGCUGUUAGAUCGUUCACCUUCACGAUCAACUAAAAGAAAACCUUACCAUGGAGAAAGUAACACCUUAUCUAGCAGAAAUCAAAGUAGCAAAAGUACUGCUGUGCAGUCUCACCACAGAUCAAACAGCAAAGAUAUACAGAAUGUGGGAGUUGGAGUCCAAAGAGAAGAGGCACUUCCAACAAAUGAAAGCUUUCUAAAUGGAAACCUUCCUGUAACUGCACAUAGUCCUAUGCUGUCAAAAAAGCCAAGCAAUUCUUCUGGAUCUGGCAGCAAAGAUAUAGCUAAUAACAACAUACCACAUCUGCUCAGUCCAAAGGAAGGAAAGACAAAAACUGAAUUUGAUUUCAAUUCGGAACCCAAAGCAUCUGAUGGUCCAGGUACAAAAUACCUGAAGUCAAAUUCCAGAUCUCAGCAUAACCGCCACUCAUUUAUGGAGAGUUCUCAGAGCAAAACUGGCACACUGCAACCAGGUGAAAGGCAUAGCCGUCACAGCUACAUUGAUACCAUUCCUCAGUCUUCAAAGAGUCCUUCAUAUCGGACAAAAUCAAAAAGUCAUGGGGCUCUGACAGAUUCCAAAUCUGUGGGUAAUCUUUCAGAGGCCAGAAUUCAAGUUGCAGAUUCAAACAGCAGUAGGUAUUUUCCAUCCAGCUGUUUGGACUUGAACUCUCCUACUACACCAACGCCUCCUCGCCAUGCAGACAAUAGAACUUUGCUCAGUCCUUCUGGGAGAAACAACAGAAGUGAUGGUACACUUGAAUCGCGAAGACCAUCUACAAGACAUUCCAAAACAAUGGAGGAGUUGAAAUUGCCAGAUCAUAUGGAGGGGAGCCAUUCACAUUCCUUAUCUGCUCCCCAUGAAUCUUUUUCGUAUGGUCUAGGUUACACAAGUCCUUUCUCUUCACAACAGCGCCCUCAUAGACAUUCUAUGUAUGUGAGCCGGGACAGAGUGAGGACAAAGGGCUCAGAGGGUGGCUUAAGCGUAGGGCAAGGGAUGGCAGCCAGGACAAACAGCCUGCAACUGUUAUCUCCACAGGCGCAGCAUAAGUCACUUACGAGAUCUGUUGGUUCUUCGCGUGAAGACUGUACAGAAGAUCCUAAUAGGGGUGGAACAUACCAUGAGCCGCAUGCAGAUGAUGGAACAUCUACAAAAGAAAAUAGACUUCUGUAUAAUGAUUCUGUACCAAGGAGAGUUGGUAGCUUUUACAGAGUUCCAUCUCCACGCCCAGAAGGAACAUUCCUCGAUAACAGUGCCUCUAACAGAAUCCCUGCACUACCAGCAGAGAGUGGCAGUAUAACAAGCCACUCGAAGAGACAAACUGCUUUUGAUCCCUGGAAAAGUCCUGAAAAUGCUCAUUCUGAACAACUAAAGGAAAAAGAAAAGCAAGGUUUUUUCAGGUCAAUGAAAAAGAAAAAAAAGAAGUCUCAGUCUACAGAAUCCACCAAGGCGGAGAAUCCAAGCAUCAAGAAAUCUCUGUUUCCUCUUUUUAAUUCAAAGAAUCACUUAAAGCAUAGCUCUUCUUUGAAAAAGAUUCCUGUAGUCACUCUACCCAUGAUGCCGGGAAGUGAUAGUCAGGAUCUUUUGGCAUUACAGAAAGCUAUUCACUCAUCUAAUCAUCCAGCUAGCAGGCAGAAGGAUUGGCAUUCUGACAAAAUGACAGAAAUCCAAAGUCAUAGCCAGCCUUUAAAAUCUCUUCGCAAACUGUUACACCUUUCCUCGUCGUCAAAUCAUUCAAUUUCUUCUGAACCCCGAUUCCAGCCAUUACCAAGUCAGCCAGCUAAAACUUCCUUUUCUGAAGUUCGGAUUCACCCUAUAAAUCAGGGUUCCACCAGCAGCAACAUUCGGCAAGAGUCCCAGUCAAAAGGCAGAACAACGCUCCAGAUCCCAGGCCAGAUGGAACCAAGCUGGCAUGUUUCUCCAGUGAACAGAAGUGCCAGUGAUGGGGCUUCAUACCCUGACCAAAUGCCUUCUAAAAGUGGGCAGAACGGGCAUACAUAUAACCGAACAAACAGAUCUCGAAUGCCAAAUCUGAAUGAUUUAAAAGAAACUGCCUUGUAAUAAUACUCCUAGAAACACUAUGGCAGGGAUUUAUCAAGGGGUAUGGUGGUACUGGUGAUCGUGUUAGUGACUGAAAGACCACUUUUAUAAAAGAUGUGCAAUAUUGAAUACAUUGAGCUACUGUUCAGUACCACAUCAAUAGAGAUCGUACAGUGAAAUGAACUUUCUUUAAUUGCCAUUCUUCUAAUCCCAUGACAACAGAAUGUGCACUUCAGGGAAAAUGAACUUAUUGCCCUUUUCUCUUAAUUUACAUUCCAGCUUAGUGCACAUAACUGUCUGAAAGCUGUGUAGGCACUUUUGGGGGUUAAAAGACAUGUCUUUAGACC